CAACUCUUAAAAGGCCGAAAGGUUAUUGAUUAUUAAUAUACUUUUGCAAUGGAUAUUAAUAUUUGGCAAUUAUAAAUAAGGAGAUCACAACCGGACUCAUCCACUCAAUAAUAACUAAGUUAGUAAAUAGACAAAGAAAUCAACAUGGCUGAUUCGAAGAUGAAGCUCCACUGUGGCUGGUUCUUUUUAAAUUCGGCAGCUCUCUUUGGUAUCAAUGAGAAAGGUCUAGACUUUGAGCUGGUAUUCGUAGAUUGGCUUGCUGGUGAAGCCAAAACCAAAACUUUUCUCUCUACUCUCAACCCAUUUGGUGAAGUCCCGGUUCUUGAAGAUGGAGAUCUCAAACUUUUCGGCGAUCACGGCAUCACGCGAUACCUAGCGGAGCAGUACAAAGACAUUGGAACAAAUCUAUUACCAGAUGAUCCCAAAAAGAGAGCAAUCGUGUCCAUGUGGAUGGAAGUAGAUACCAAUCAAUUUCUUCCUAUAGCAUCAACACUCAUCAAAGAACUCAUGAUAAAACCAUAUCAAGGUUUAGCCACCGAUGUUGCAUCAGUUCAAGAAAACCAAGAGAAGUUAUCAGAGAUUCUGAACAUCUACGAGACUCGUUUAGGCGAGUCUCCUUACUUAGCCGGUGAAAGCUUCACUUUAGCGGAUCUUCAUCAUCUUCCACUGAUUGAUUACUUGUUGAACACAGAAGAAGAAGAAUUGAAAAACUUGAUCUAUUCACGUCCCAAUGUAGCCGCAUGGGUCGAUAAAAUGAAGAUGAGACCAGCUUGGCUAAAAACAGUCGUCAUGAAAAAUCACAUCGUUGACUUGAUGAAGCAACGGCGUUUGCCUAUAAGGUUAGAUUCAUCGUGUCAUGAGUUAACUGUUGUCGCUCAGAAAACGGCGGUGGCAGUUGGGAACAAUUAAGUAAGCAUGAGUAAUAUGGGUCAAUUACU